ACAUGUUUACUUAAGUAGAUUAAUUUGGUUUAGUUUUUUCUUUAAAUUGUUUUUUGUCCUUUUAAUCUAGACCCUUAGAUUAGGAUCUCAGCCCUAACCUAAUCCCCAUCCCUACUCUUCUUUUUCUUCUCCAAACAAACUGGCCGCCUCCUUCCUUUCUUCUUUCAUGUCUUUUUCUUCUUCUUCUUCUUCUUCUUCUUCUUCUUCUUCUUCCUCUCUUCCAUCUUUCUUCUCCAGCCGCCCCUCUCCACUCCCUUCUCCUUCCUCUUCUAAAGACUCAUCUUCCAGUCGAAGAUAACGAAUGAAGAGAUAUCACAGUUGAAGAAAUCAUCUCGAGGAUGGAAAUAGGGAGAACAGAGACAGCCAAUAGAAUGCAAAUUGGGUCGGUUAAAGCAGCGAUUAGCUUGUUUGGAGAGAGAAUCAAUGAAGAAAAACCUCAGCCAAAGAGAACCCAGAUGACAUUUUCUGAUUUACAGAAACCUCCUUCGAGAGCAGAAGAACUCCAUGUGGCGAUGAGGGACAUUGGUCACCUCAGUGAGAACAAAAAGCUUGCCGAAUCUAUUAAGGCCCAAGCUGAAUCUGAGCUGUAUACCGCAAGGAUGAGAGUAAAGGAUCUCACUUUGCGAAUUGAGGAAUCAAACCUGAAAGAAAAAGCGCAGAAGUACGAGUUUGAAAAGCUGCAGAAGAAUUGGGGUGGGAGAGCAGAUAAUCUCCAAUAUGCACAAGUGAUGAAGGAGUUGGAGUUUGUAAAACAAGAAUUAAGCAAGCUUAAGCUUGAGAGGGAUUCCAUCCUAGAAGAAAAACUGCGGGCAGAGAAAGAAUUUGAAGCCUUGGUUUCUAAAUUUAAGUUUCAUUCAAGCACUGUGGAAAUACUGAGGAAAGAGAUUGAGGAAGCAAAUGAAGAGCAAGUGCUUGUUCAUUUGGCUAGGAUGGAAACAGUCAAGGAGCUUGAAGCAAUUGAAGCCCAAAGAGGAGCCGAAGCCUCUCAGUUCUCAGUGAAAUUGGGAAGAACCAGAAGUAGAAUCAAGGACAUGACCCAGGAACUAGACGAUGCAAAGGAACUGGAGAGAAAACUAGCCACUACCACUUCAGAUGUUAAUGUCAUAGAAAGUGAAUUGCAAUCUUCUGCUUCUUUUUCCCUUCUCCUUCCCUGCUGCUGCAACCACUACCCGGCAGCACCCUUUCUCCUUCUCCUAGUUCCCCCCUCCUUCAUCUCCACCAAGGCCUUAAACCCACUGAACCUUAUCCUGCCUUUUCCUUCUUUCUCCUUGACUCAAUCCGGAAAUUAAUCAAACCUGCAAUCAAUCCGGUUCUGACUCGGUUUCUUUUUAUCUCAGAUAAUGGGCUCUUUUAGAAUUAACGUGUGUUUAAUUUAGAUUUAAAUUUGAAUGUCUUGCCAUGUUUGAAAUCAUUAGAUUUAGAUAGAUUAGUCAAUA